CGUCCACAUCGAAGGCAUGAGCGACGAGGUAUUCUACACAGUAGACCACAUAACUAAGGCGCGAGCCUGGCGCAGAGGGAAACGUCAGCGCGCGAUAUUCCAAUACCGUGUCCGGUGGAAGGGAUAUAGCCCGGAAGAUGACACAUGGGAGCCCAAGGAGAGCUUUGAGGGCGGCUCAGAGCACUUCAUCGAAGAGUUCUGGAGUCGCGAGAUCAAGGGCUUGAAUGGACGUGAUCCAAACCAGACAUUUCAGUUCCGCCAUGGCGAGGAGCUCGUAGCGGUCGGACCUCUCGUCAGGAAGAGGGAGGACGAGGAAGGCUCCGACGAUGAAGACGAGAACGCGUCGGAAGCUGCUGGUCCCUCAAACCAUCGUACUCGCGAUCAGUCCCUCGACCUUCCCUCCAGUUCUUCGGCGAGAACCCGAACAACGCGACGAGACCAACGUCCGCCCCCCUCUGAGGACGAAGCAGAUAGUGAUAACGAGCCGCUGUCGCGGAACAAUCAUCGCCGACGCACUACGAGCACAAGCCGUAACAGGCAUCGCUCGAGCGCAUCGGACGAAGAGGAGGUAGAGGCCCUGAUACGACCACGAUCACCCCCUCCGACCAGCAUCAGCGCACCCGUGGGCUCAAUUUCUUCCCCCAAGAAGAAGCGCAGAAAGCCAGGACCUGGACGAGACUCGCAGUACAUCCCCGACGAUACCGAGGAGCCGGUCGCGACAGCCCCCAUUCCCAGCAAGCAUAAGACGAAGGCCUCGAAGAAGGCAAAGCAUCGAGAACCUUCAGCAGAGUCCGAUGACGAGCCCAUGCCCAGCGUUUCUCAUCCGCGCAAGCGACGAGCGGCAGACGAGGAGCAGGCUUCGUCGAAACGACCAACUGCGAAACGCAGGAAGCUGAAGGCACCCCCUCGACCACCAACCGAUGAUGGCUCGUCCUCUGACAUCCAGAUCGUCUCUGCGCCAAUUCCUCAGCGCACCAAGCCGCGCAAACUGUCCCCCGAGCCCGAAAUUAUCCAACAGGCACCUAUUCCCUCCUCACCGCCUUUCCAACCUGCCUCUCCACCUCUCCACCUCUUCGGAACGCCCACUAUGCUAAACGAUACGAACGACUGGUCGCACGGGCAGCAAGGGAACUCCCAACCUGGCGGCGACUGGAGUUUUUCCCUCGAUCCUGGACCAAUCGUGCCCGAGCCCACCCAUAAUAACUACUCGCAUUCGUCCACGCCUAACUAUGAAUCUUUCUUUCCUCAGGGCCAGCAUACACCUGCUCUUACGAUAAGCUCGUGGACGUCCACGCCUUCCGCUCCUCAGCACCAACGAACACCGGCAACAACAAAUGCGGGAUCGACCAGCCAGCUAAACGCAGGAGCGUCCAGUCAACCAAACGCGGAAUUGUCCGGUCAGCCACACGCAGUGUCGGCCAGCCACUCACAGCCCUCGACGUCCGCCGCGCCACCUGCAAAGUCCAUUCCCUUCCACCGGCAGCGCGCCGCGAACCCGCGCGUGCGCCUCAUGGACGACUUCGCCUCCACUCAGGCCACAGGUAUCGCGGCGAAGGCAAAGUUCAUGAACGCGACUAUGCUCACGCCUGCGAAACCCACCCCACCUGCAGCUCCUCCUUCAUCCGCGACCCCUCCCAUCUCGUAUGCGCCCCGUGCUGUUUCGUCCGCGACGCCACCCAUCGCGACCACCCCGAACUCAGCCACGAUGUCCCCUCGACCGAUGGGCGUCACAUCCACGAAGACGGGGGCCACGCUGGUCAAGGCGAGGGCUCCGCUGCCAAAGCGGCAGCCGAAGGGCGCGCUGCUGGUGUACGACAAGGAGAAGCAGGUGUUGAGGCCGAAUCGUUCGCCUUCUGCAUUUGGAUUUGGGGCGCCGACGUUGUUGGAGCAGCGGCAACCGACACCGAUGGAGGAGCAGCAGCAGUCGCCGGUGAUGAAGCAGCAGCAGUCAGCGAUGGAGGUCGAGAAGACCAACGGGGUUGGGAACGAGCCGAGCAGCGCCACGAAUGGAAACGCGCGGGUCGGCAACGUGCAGGCAAUCUUGCCGAAGGAGGAGGAUGCGACGAACGGCACCGAUACUGCGAUGGAUGUCAGCAACGACGCCGCAGGCGACGGCUGGCAGGAAGAAGACACGAACGGCGAGCUCGACGCGCAUGACCUCUUCGGGGAGAGCACCGCUGACUUGUUCGGAGACAACGAGACGGACUUAUUCGGUGACGGGAUUCCGGGACUGCGUCCGGAUUCGCCACCACCCUCUGGCGAGGAUCUGUUGCGGCUAGCGGUCGGGAAGCCUGUUGCUGAAGAGGCAUUAGAGGACUAUGAAGAGCCUGCGCAGGAUGCACCUGCCGAUGUACUGAAGGCUGCUGAGUCGACCGUUGCUGCUCAGGCGAAAGAAAGCAUGCUUCCGUCGACACCAGCAACGGCGGGCCCAAUUGUAUCAACUUGGAGGGGGAGCACGAUCUUCGGACCGCUGUACAACCCCGUCGAGCCUGCAAGUGCUACACCUCUCAACGACACCUCAGAGCAAUCAAAGUUCGCGCUCAAGCUCAGCCCCGAUCGCUGGGUGCCGCUCGUACUCGUCGGCAGCGUGCCCUGCCCAGACGUACCCUCACUGUCCUUCGUAGUGGGCAACUACAAUCCAGGCGACUUGGUUCCGGGCAAGUUCUACGGCGCGAGCGUCAUGCACGCGUUGUUAGACUCGGUCCGCUCGACAGGGCCAGCGGCGCGCGCCUUAUGUAGUCCGACCGCCAGUAUCGACCAGCGAGCAGACUUCGAGGCCCUGAAGGAUCGGCUGAGAGCCGGCGAACUGUUCAUUGUGACCGCGGGAGUGCAGGUGCUGGCGUUCUGUCAUUCGCGCAAUGAGGGUGCGGUGGCGCGUCUGAAUUUGCCGCCGGCCUUGCAGGGUCAGCCGGAUGAGGUGUUGAUGUCGCGCGUCGUAAUCGAGAAUUUCGCAGCGUACGCAGAGGUGGCGGAGAAGGCGACGACGAUGUAGACGAGAGGGGGUUAGGGGAUGUUUUCUUGGUGCGAUGCUCGCCGCUGUCACUGCUUGCAACUUGCUUUCUUGAUUAUUCUGGCAUUAUUUCUUGAGGACGAUCGUAUGGUAUACCGAACCCUGUCAUGUAAUUGAGCAGCUUGAUGAAGGCAGGAAAUUAAUGGCCUUGUGAUGAGAUCGGGGGAAGUGGCAGA